AUGGACGAAGUUGCAAAGCUCGAGCAUUUGUCUUUGGUUUCAAAGAUCUGCACAGAACUGGAAAAUCAUUUGGGGCUAAAUGAUAAAGAUUUAGGUAUAAAAUAUUAUUUCUAUUUGUAUUAAUAAAAACACAGAUUUUAUUCUGAUGCUACCAUAACCUAUAUUUCUUAUAUACACAUGUCUCAAUUCUUUCAAAUUAUCUUAUUGUUUACAUUUUCUUAUUGAUUAAAUUAUAUCUCCUCUUCACAGCUGAAUUCAUAAUCCAUUUAGCAGAGAAAAAUAAUACGUUUGAUAAAUUUAAAAAAGUCCUUAUUGAAAAUGGCGCGGAAUUCUCUGUAAGUAGUUUAUAUACUCUUGUACUUAUUUAUAUCUUGUACUUCUGUUGUAUUUAAGUUCAACAUUGAAUUGUCCAUUUAGGAGUCUUUUAUGGCUAAUUUAUUGAGAAUAAUACAGCAUAUGAAGCCAACCAAGCUGGAUGAAAAAUCUUCAAAACCUGUAACAAAACAAGAUGAAUUAGCUCAAAAAUUCCCUGCACUGGCACUGCCAAAUGAGGAGCCAAAAGUUGUGAAUGACAAAGAUCUCAAAGAUGAUGAUAUAGUCAAUAGUGCUAUGGCAAGUUUGGAGGAACUUGCACCAUCAAAAAAAUCUAAUAAAGAAGAUAGUAAAAAGGAAAAUCAAUCAAGCGACAAUAAUGAUAAGAAGAGCAGACACACAAGAAGAAGUAGAUCAAGAGAUAGAAGGAGACAUAGAUCACGUUCAUCAGGUCACAGAGAUAGAAAACAUAGAUCUAGAUCUCGUUCAAGAUCAAGAGAUCGCUCAAGAUCCAGAGACAAAAGACACCAUAGAUCCAGAAAUCAUAGAAGAUCUAGAUCACGAGACAGAAAAUUUCAUAGAGACAAAUAUUUUAAUAAAUCCGAGCGAUCUAGAUCGCGGUCUGUAGAAGAACUUUCCAUGGAUCCAGAAGUAGGAAAGAUUUAUUCAGGAAAAGUAGCUAAUAUUGUACCUUUUGGUUGUUUCGUUCAAUUGGAGGGUUUGAAACGAAGGUGGGAGGGGCUUGUUCAUAUCUCACAAUUAAGAAGAGAAGGAAGAGUCGCCAGUGCAAGCGACGUAGUAUCUAGAGGACAAAAAGUGCUCGUAAAAGUCCUGAAUAUCGGUGGACAAAAGAUUUCUUUAAGUAUGAAAGAUGUCGAUCAAGAAACUGGUAGAGAUCUGAAUCCUGUUGUGGUUGUUACCAAAACUGAAGAAGAUGAGAAGCAUUUGAGAAAUCCAGACAGACCUACUUCCUUAUUAGAGCUACAGGGUAAUUGGGAUGAGGACGAAACUUAUUCUAGAAAACGCGUGCAGAGAUUGUCCUCACCCGAGAAAUGGGAGAUUAAACAGAUGCUUGCUGCAUCUUGUAUCGACAGGAGUGAACUACCAGAAUUCGAUAUGGAAACCGGAAUUCUUCCACGGGAAGAUGAUGAAGAAGAAGAUGUUGAAAUAGAGUUAGUGGAAGAAGAACCACCAUUUUUACAUGGCCAUGGAAGAGCUCUCGGAGACUUAAGUCCCGUUCGUAUAGUAAAAAAUCCUGAUGGUUCUUUAGCACAAGCUGCAAUGAUGCAGAGUGCUUUAGCAAAGGAAAGAAGAGAGCAGAAGAUGUUGCAACGAGAACAGGAAAUGGAUUCUGUUCCAACAGGUCUGAACAAAAAUUGGAUUGAUCCUCUACCAGAAGCUGAAAGUAGAACUCUAGCUGCGAAUAUGCGUGGAAUCGGUCUUCAAACUCAAGACCUACCCGAAUGGAAAAAGCACGUGAUAGGAGGAAAGAAGUCUUCCUUUGGAAAGAAAACAAAUUUAACUCUCCUCGAACAGCGUCAGAAUUUGCCGAUAUACAAACUCAGAGAUGAUUUAGUUAAAGCCGUAACGGAUAAUCAAAUUUUAAUUGUAAUUGGUGAAACAGGGUCAGGAAAAACUACGCAAAUUACACAGUAUUUAGCAGAAGCAGGAUUCACGGCCCGUGGAAAAAUCGGCUGUACCCAACCUAGAAGAGUAGCCGCUAUGUCGGUCGCCAAAAGAGUAGCGGAAGAGUUUGGUUGUCGUUUAGGACAAGAAGUUGGCUACACAAUUCGUUUUGAAGACUGCACUGGACCAGAAACUAGUAUAAAGUAUAUGACUGAUGGUAUGUUGCUAAGAGAAUGUCUUAUGGAUCUUGAUUUGAAGACGUACUCUGUAAUUAUGUUAGACGAAGCACAUGAACGCACCAUUCAUACGGAUGUUCUUUUUGGAUUGUUAAAACAAGCAGUAGGAAGGAGACCGGACUUAAAAUUAAUUGUUACAAGUGCCACUCUAGAUGCUGUAAAAUUUUCACAAUAUUUCUUUGAAGCACCCAUUUUCACUAUCCCUGGUAGAACAUUCGAGGUUGAAGUCAUGUACACCAAAGAACCAGAAACAGAUUAUCUGGAUGCUGCAUUGAUAACAGUAAUGCAGAUACACUUGAGAGAACCUCCAGGAGAUAUACUGCUAUUUCUGACUGGUCAAGAGGAAAUUGACACAGCUUGUGAAAUUUUGUACGAACGUAUGAAAUCUUUGGGUCCCGAUGUACCGGAGUUAAUUAUUUUACCCGUGUAUUCAGCACUUCCUUCGGAGAUGCAAACCAGAAUAUUCGAACCAGCCCCACCUGGUUCCAGAAAAGUGGUAAUAGCUACAAAUAUUGCAGAAACGAGUUUGACUAUCGAUGGAAUUUAUUACGUAGUUGAUCCAGGAUUUGUAAAACAAAAAGUGUACAAUUCAAAAACUGGAAUGGACAGUCUUAUAGUAACACCAAUAAGUCAAGCAGCUGCAAAACAAAGGGCUGGAAGAGCUGGAAGAACUGGCCCAGGAAAAUGUUAUAGACUUUAUACCGAAAGGGCGUAUAGGGACGAAAUGCUACCUACGCCAGUUCCAGAAAUUCAACGUACUAAUUUAGCAAAUACAGUAUUGCAACUAAAGACUAUGGGGAUCAAUGAUCUAUUACACUUUGAUUUUAUGGAUGCUCCACCUGUGGAAUCUCUGAUAAUGGCUUUAGAGUCUUUGCACAGUUUAAGUGCACUAGAUAACGAAGGUUUAUUGACCAGACUUGGAAGGAGGAUGGCAGAAUUCCCUCUGGAACCUAAUUUAUCUAAAAUGCUCAUCAUGAGCGUACAUCUACAAUGUUCUGAUGAAAUAUUGACAAUUGUCAGCAUGUUAUCCGUGCAGAACGUCUUCUAUAGACCGAAAGACAAACAAGCUUUAGCGGAUCAAAAGAAAGCCAAAUUCAAUCAACCAGAAGGUGAUCACUUAACUUUGUUGGCAGUUUAUAAUUCUUGGAGGAAUAAUAAAUUUAGCAACGCGUGGUGUUAUGAAAAUUUUGUCCAAAUUAGAACUUUAAAACGCGCUCAGGAUGUUCGAAAGCAACUAUUAGGUAUAAUGGACAGACACAAAUUGGACGUAGUAUCUGCAGGUAAAAAUACCGUAAGAAUUCAGAAAGCUGUCUGUUCUGGUUUCUUCAGAAAUGCCGCAAAAAAAGAUCCUCAAGAAGGAUACAGAACUUUGGUUGACAGUCAAGUUGUCUACAUUCAUCCAAGUAGCGCUUUAUUCAAUAGACAACCGGAAUGGGUUAUUUAUCAUGAAUUGGUCCAAACAACGAAAGAAUACAUGAGAGAAGUUACAACCAUAGAUCCAAAAUGGUUGGUAGAAUUUGCGCCAGCAUUUUUCAAAUUUAGCGAUCCCACGAAACUUAGCAAAUUCAAGAAGAAUCAAAGAUUAGAACCGCUUUAUAACAAGUACGAAGAGCCGAAUGCUUGGCGGAUAUCAAGAGUUCGAAGAAGACACCGAUAUAGAUGAGAGAGCAACCUUUUUCGCCAUGUGCGUAACUUCGGCAACUGUACGAUUCAUUGCGUCCGCAAUUUUAUCCCACCUCUCUGAUGUACCACUAGGAUAUUUCUUUACGAGUUUUAUUAAUUCUAAUAUAUCAUCAUCAGUCCACAAUCCCCCAGAAACAGCAGGUUUUUGGUUGAUUUGAACAACAUGAUUUAUCUGAUCCUUCUUCGAUAUUUCUUUCACGCCAUUGCCACUCCUUUCUUGUGGCGUGAAACCAGUCCUGCGUCUUCUUGUACGAGACGUGAAUUCAGGUUCUGGUUGUUCAUUUUCCUGUAUCCUAGAACAGAUCGUAUAAAAAUUCUAAGCAUAUCCAAUGAAUGGAAAAUCUCUGGCAGUGAAAGAUACGUUUCAUUCAGACAUCAAACGGUGUUCUACUCACAAUGCCUCUUCCUCCUUCUGUUUCUUCCUACGUCUCCUCUCUUCUAUUAUACCAUUCAUCACACGGACAAUUUCAGGUAUGGACAACGUAAAGGCGAUUAUCCAUCUUGGAAAUUGAAACGGGAGAGUGUUCCAAAUAGUCGGCGUGGGAAUUUUCUCCAAAAUGUCCGCCAAGUCUGGCACGUCCAUCUUUCCCUUCUUAUUCUUUUUUUGCAUCUUUUGAAGUUUACUGCCUAAAACUUGCUCCUGCAACGUGCAUUACGACAAACUGA